AUCCGUCGCUUCUCUGAAUGUGCUCCUCCUUUUACGUUCCGGCUUUGUGUUGAGUCCACGCUGCUUCUGCCUUCUUCGGGACAACGCAGCUGACAAACGUCGAAAAUGGCCUUUCACGUACCCAGAGCUCCGGGCUUUGCGCAGAUGCUGAAGGAUGGCGCAAAGCAUUAUUCAGGGCUUGAGGAAGCUGUCUUUCGAAAUAUCAGAGCAUGUAAGGAGCUGUCACAGACCACACGCACUGCCUAUGGCCCAAACGGUAUGAAUAAAAUGGUUAUUAACCACUUAGAGAAGCUGUUCGUCACUAAUGAUGCAGCAACGAUUCUUCGAGAGCUUGAGGUGCAACAUCCAGCAGCCAAAAUGAUUGUGAUGGCAUCGCACAUGCAAGAGCAGGAGGUUGGUGAUGGUACAAACUUUGUGUUGGUGUUUGCUGGAGCUCUGCUGGAGAUGGCUGAAGAACUGCUUAGAAUGGGGCUGUCGGUCUCAGAGGUAAUAGAAGGCUAUGAAAAAGCUUGUAAGAAGGCUCUGGAGAUCCUGCCAGACAGUGUGUGUUCGUCAGCCAAAAACCUGCAUGAUGUUAAUGAGGCUACAGCUCUCAUCCGUACAGCAGUCAUGAGUAAGCAGUACGGCAAUGAAGACUUUCUCGCCAGACUCAUCGCAGAGGCCUGUGUAUCCAUCUUCCCAGAGUCUGGGAACUUCAACGUGGAUAAUGUUAGAGUGUGCAAGAUUUUGGGCUGCGGAGUGACUGCGUCCUCCAUGCUGCAUGGCAUGGUAUUUAAAAAGGAAGCAGAGGGCGACAUUACAUCAGUUAAAGAUGCUAAGAUCGCAGUUUUCUCCUGCCCGUUUGACUGUAUGGUGACGGAGACAAAGGGAACAGUGCUGAUAAAUAGUGCUCAAGAGCUCAUGAACUUCAGCAAGGGUGAGGAGGAUAUGAUGGAGGAUCAGGUGAAGGCCAUCAAAGAUUCAGGAGCCAAUGUGGUUGUAACUGGAGGGAAGGUGGCUGAUAUGGCACUGCAUUAUGCCAACAAAUACAAUCUUAUGGUAGUCAGGCUUAAUUCAAAGUGGGACCUUAGGAGGUUGUGUAAGACUGUGGGAGCCGUAGCCCUGCCCAGGAUGACUGGUCCAACUCCUGAUGAGAUGGGUCACUGCGACAGCGUCUACCUGACAGAAGUGGGAGACACGCAGGUGGUCGUCUUCAAACAUGAGAAAGAGGACGGUGCCAUUUCAACUGUGGUCAUCAGAGGCUCCACUGACAACCUGAUGGAUGAUAUUGAGCGGGCUGUUGAUGAUGGAGUAAACACCUUCAAGGUUCUAGUCAGGGACAAGCGGCUGGUACCUGGAGCUGGUGCCACAGAGAUUGAACUGGCCAAACAGAUUACUUCUUUUGGAGAGACAUGUCCAGGUCUGGAGCAGUAUGCCAUCAAAAAGUUUGCUGAAGCUUUCGAGGCAUUGCCACGUGCUCUGGCUGACAACUCUGGUGUGAAGGGAAAUGAGCUCAUCUCUAAACUAUACUCUGCGCAUCACGAGGGAAACAAAAACAUGGGAUUCAACAUUGAGGGAGAUGGCCCCUCUGUGAAGGACAUGCUGGAAGCUGGAAUUCUGGAUCCCUACCUGGUCAAGCACUGGGGCAUCAAAUUGGCCACCAACGCUGCCGUCACUGUGCUUCGAGUAGACCAGAUUAUUAUGGCUAAACCGUCAGGGGGACCGAACACUUCCAAGGCGAAGAAGGACUUUGAGGAAGACUGAACGUGAUGCUGCCCAGCUUUUGCGCCCCGAAUGCUUCACCUUUUGUACUUAUUUAAAGUUCAACAUGUCUGUUUAUUUUGUAGAAAUGGCCUCACAUCAGUUAUAUGUAAAACAGAAUGUAUGGAAGGCACUGUUUGUUUGUCGUUGGUGGAAAAAUAAAAACGCACUUGCGCAGUCUUG